AUGAGUCAAGAAUCAGAGGAAAGCCUAGAGGCAUGGCUACAUCGAUUAGAAUGGUCUCAGUUACUUUCUUUACAAAAACAAUUAGUAUCGGAAAUGGAUCGACGGUACGUCGAAAUAAUUCAGCCACAGGGACAGAAUAUUCAAGAUGACUUGGAUGAAUACAUGAAGGACGGUCUUAGCAGCUAUGAUGACCUCCCGUCUACUCAGUUUGAUCCAAUACAUGUGAAGAAAAACGCGACUGUGAAAAGUACUAUUGAACAAGAACACGCUGAACCAUUGGCAAGAGAACGUAAUCAAGGACUACAACGUGAUUUAGAGCUGAUGAGUUCCCCUUUGAAAGAAAACGAGAUUAUCCUUGAUUCCCAAGCGUCAGACAUCUUGAAGGAGAAUGAUAUCAACAUACAACAUUCACAUCAGAGUGUCAUAGCAAAAUCUAAACGUGGUAGGUCACCAAUAAAUGCAACUACUAUGCCACAAGCUAAUAGGAACAAUGAGAAGGAGAAUAUUAAAAGGGGUAAAAUCUCGGUUGAUUUCUCCAUAAAUCCAAUUACGAAGAAACCUUGGAUCUAUGAAGAUUUCAAGAUCAAUGAACUAGUGUCCUCAAAAAAUCGAGGAAGGGGAUGCAAGAAAUCCAAUAAAGUAGCUCGUUUUCACGCUCAAGCUGGAUCACCACUGAAAAGUAAACAAAACGUUGUACUAAACAGUACCGGGUUACUCGAAACUGUCGACGAAACUAGUGUGUCAGACAGGUCAAAAGUUCCCGACCUUCAGUUUCCUGACGAUUCCUUCGAUAAUCUACGUGUUAGAUCAAAAUCUCCUCCUGGAUAUGGAAGGCUUAACUUCCCAACCACCCAAGAAAGAUUGGACGACAAAGAGGAGUCGAGGAAAUUGCUUUAUCAGAAAACAAAAACACGGUUUCUCGAAGCUACGAAUAAUUUAGUGCCUAUAUCUGAAAGAGAAUUUUACUUCAGGAACUCCAAAUUGAAUGACAUCGUUGACGAUGGCAAUUUCACUUGGAAUGAAAACGAAUUGAAGAUAUUCACCAGAUAA